GCAGGUGUGUAGAUCUGCGAUUCUAACAAAUUAAAGCUGCCGCCCGUCUGGUGCGCUUCAAAUCUGCAAUGGCUGAUUGCCGAGUUUAAUUCAUGGUUGACGCACUCGGAAUCUUUUCUAAGUUUUUGUUUAAAGUGUAAUUUUCGAGGCCGCACCAGCGGUCGGAAGAAACUACAAAAGUCCGCUAUGAUGGUGCGUGAGGCGCAUCUCUUCAUUUCGUUUGGCCCGCAGGUGGCUGGCCGCUUUUCAAAGGCUCCAUGGACCCCGUGAAGGAGCAGUCAAGCAAACCCCUGCAAGGUGCAUAGUGCUGGUGAUCGACAUGUCCCGGCCGUCAUUCCAGCGGCGGCUCUGUGCGGUUUUUGUUCUUGCCUUUUUAUUUACUCUUAUUAUUUUCUUUCAAACUGAAUGGCACCUGCCGAGCUUCAUAUGGGCAAAAAGGCAACCCGCCAAGUAUCUGCUGUUUUCAUCGUAUUACGACGAUCGAGAAAACCUCAACGGGCAGAUGAAGGGCAGGGCUGCGAUUCGACUGAUUGCACUUGCGGAUGGUGACCACUGGUUGAAUGAAGGAGAUCGACUUUUAUGCCACGUGUGGUGUGGGAGUGGAAUGCGUUCCACUGAGGCCCGCCCAUCCGCCUUCAACUCUCUGCCCAUAUGGCGUUAUGGACUGGCACACUUCCUCUGCAGGCACCCGUGUGAUUCUUCUAACUUCACCUGGGUGAAGGUGGGUCGAAGUCAUGAGGACCCCUCGUCUGCAGUCGCCCUGAAACUCCUCAACACCAGGCGACGCCGACCCCCACAGCCCCGGGUCGGACUCACCGUCUGCGUUCCCACUCUCUCCAAGAAUUUCAACAACGUCUCUGAGCUCGUCCAGUCUUUGGAGAUGUUCAGACUGCUGGGGGCCGAGAAGGUGAUCCUUUACAAAGAUGGCUGCUCACACAAAAUCCAGAAGGUACUGGACUUCUACUCCAGGGAAGGGUUUCUGAAAGUUUUCAACCUGACUGGAGAUUCGUUCCUCAUCCCAUCCAACAAGUGGGAUUACCCAAAGCUGCAGCAGGGCUUCCCUGACUUAAAGUUGGUUGUGGCGCUCAACGACUGCCUCUACAGGACCAUGUACUCCAACAGGUUUGUGGUGGUCCACGGUUUGGAUAAACUGUUCCUGCCAAGCACUUCUAAGAAUUGGAGCGAUCUCGUGUCCUCCCUCAGAUCUGCAUACCCCGAAGGGGACAUUUUCAGCUUUCUGACCAAUCCCCUCACGAUGAGCGGCUUCUAUGGGAUUGUGAACCCCCAAGUCAUCGUCCAGGUAGCUGACAAUUCGGCCUUGGAGCACCGCGGGAAGUGGGUGGACCUGCGGGGUGAAGUCUUUACGUGCGACAACCGGGAUUUGCUCCAGCGGCUUCAGGAGGAUGAGAGGCUCGAUUAUUACAAUCUCUCCCUGUUGGAGAACGUGAAAAAAGUCCUGAAGAAAGGUGAGUUACGGCGAGGAAUUGGGAAUCCAACCCACGCUUUGUGGAAAUGAAGCCUCCACUUGGCGCCUCGCGGUCACUGCUUGUUGUAUUUGUUACUUAAUAAAUGGAGUUAAGCA